AUGCAAUUCUACGAAAGCGAUCCGCGUCUAGGCAAUGAUAGACAGGGCUAUGCGGUACACACCCAAGAAUCUAUCUCCAUGGAGCUGAGCUGGGCGCUGAGCAACCGGUUUCUUGAAAUCCGCCUGUGGCUCUACCAGCCAUUCCUGUUCUUUGCCGUUCACCACCCUACGAGUACCACUUCUACUUCCACGGAUGUCCUUCCCUCCUCGCUGACUAGCGAGGAACUUGGCACUGUUCAGCGUCUUGUAGAAUCCGGAUUGGACUGUAGCAUGAAGAUCCUCCAAGCGCGGUGCCUUCGCCACCGACAUCACGGCAUUUGGUUCGAUCUUCGGGCUUUGGUUACAGCAUCAUUGAUAUGCAUUGCCCUGGCGCGGAGUGGAAAUGUCAAUCAUCCCAAUAUCCAUCCUGGGGGGCUGCGGAACCACUUGAACCGGACACUUGAAACCCUGGCCUACUGGGAAGACGAAGCCCCGGAUAUCAAAAAGGCGCGAGGCGUUUUGGAACAAUUGCUUCGAGAUUUACGCUAG